AUGUCGGCCAAGGCCCAAAUCGUUUCUCGCAAGAGAAAGCUCGAGGAGACUAACGUAGACGAUUACGAAUUUUCUGGUGUUUUCCCUCUGAACGACCUCAAUCAAGACCUCCUCGAGAGAGUCCUCUCACGGCUGCCGGCGUCCUCCUUCCUCCGCCUCACCUCUGUCUGCAAGAGAUGGAAAUCCGUCGCCCAUUCCCCAACUUUCAACCUCGCCUGCUCCGAAAUCCGCCGCCGCGAGCCCUGGUUCCUCAUGGUCCGCUCCCGACCCGACCCGACCCGCCCCACCACCACCGUCUUCGACUCGUCGGAGAACAACUGGAAGCAGAUCCCGACCCCGCUUUUCCCCAAACGCCGCGGCGAUUACAUCCCCGUCGCCUCCUCCGGCGGCCUCCUCUGCUUCCACCGCGCCGCCGGCGAAUUCGUCGUCUCCAACCCCGUCACCUCCUCCUCCCGCCAGAUCCCCGCCCCACAAACCCCCAUCCUCGCCGUCGCCUUAUCCUCCACCGCCGGAAAUUUCAGAAUCUUGCUAAUCUCCGGCGAACUCCCGCAUCUCGCGUUCAGCCAUUACCACUCCGUCACCGGCGAGUGGGCGGAAAGCAUCCCCCUGACAAGAAAAUCAAACCCCGCCAGAGAAUCUCCGGCAACAUUCCCGGACGACGAGUGCACGAACUAUUUCCUGUCCAAAAACGGGGACAUUGUCUCGGCAGACAUACAGAGAAGCCCGUCCAAGCAAUUCUCCUCCAUCCUCACCGUUCAAAACGGGGACGAGAUUUUGGAUUUUCUGAGUUCCACCGGAACAAUAAUCUCCUGCAACCUCAACCAGAGAAUUUUCUCCGAGUACCCAAGAAUUCUCCCAGUUUUGUCAGAGUACUCGAUCGACUUAAUUGAGUCGGGAGGCGAAAUGCGAGUUGUCCUGCUUUCCGAAUUUUUCGAGACCUCCAGCCUCCGGGUUUGGGCGUGGGACCGCAAAAUCGAGACUUGGCGCCAGGUGGCGGCAAUGCCGCCACAUAUGUCGCAUAUGUUGUACGGGAAGAAGGCUGACGUCAACUGCAUGGGGUCUGGUGGGGAAAUGCUUGUGUGUGUGAGUUCGGAAGAGGUUUGUAGCUAUUUCAUGUGCAAUUUGGAGGCGAAUGAGUGGGUUGAGCUGGACAAUGGGGCGGCGGACGAGUUUGUGAACGCGCUCGCGUUCGAGCCAAGGAUUGAAGCUUGUGUAUGGGGAAAGUAG